UUACUCGAACAUUAUACUACGGUUGACAAUCUCAGUCAAACUGCUCCAUCGAGAGUAAAAUGUGGCCAACAUGGAUGCUCCCGUUGAUUGUUCUGAGUAACGAGUCCUUGCCGAAUAUCAACAAUCAAAGACGGAUUAGCGAUGGAAACAGCGAGCUUCAAAAUGUGGAGUUCAGUAUCGAGGAAGUUUUGAUGUUGAACCGCCGCUUCGUGGACUAUCUAGCGGGGAUUGGAGACCAGGAGUCGUCAGUGUCGCAGUGCUUGAAUACGCUUCGACAGCUAGCCCAAGGGUAUCUGGAUCGACAGCGACUUGGACUGGAGUGGUUUGAUUCUUGGGGAAAGGUUCCCUCUGGAUUAUAUUACCAGAAUGGAUAUGCGUUUGGAAAUGUCGACCAAUGUCGAGCUAUUGCGCAGGUCAGGAUGCAACACUGCACGUUCAUUGCAGCGUUCCCGGGAGAUAUGGCACUGUUCUUUACCGGAUUGUGCGUUCCGCACUCGUGCCCUCCAGAUUAUGUUGCGCAGAUAUACGGAGAAUAUCUUUCCACACAGAGCAUGACGUUGAUACCAUUGGUCAGUCAGGAGACACUUUGCAUCAGGGAUGAGGAGAUACGUUACGAUGGAGCGAUGAUUACAGCAAUCGUUAUUAGCUCCCUCAUUGGACUUUGUGUACUAUGCAGCACGUUGUACGAGUUGAUUUCCAUAGCUCUGAAGCGUGAAGCCAAACGGAUGUAUAGUGCGUUCUCGCUACUGGGAAACGUGCGAACUAUCCUGCAUCUGCUUCCAAGGGAGAAGAAUACAGACCGGAAGUCCAGUAUGAUUGACUGCGCUCAUGGCAUUCGAUCGCUGUCCAUGAUCUGGAUCAUAGUCGUUCACGUACAUGAAACGUCAUUUGCGCUACCAAUGGAGAAUACUUCCACAUGGUUGGGAUAUCUUGAGAAGUUCAUACCAACGGUCCUAUUCUACGGCGGUGGUCUAGCGGUAGACACCUUCCUGAUGCUCAGCGGAAUGUUGGUAGCAAUGAGCAUGCUUCGAGAGUUGGAUAAAGAGGGAAAAUUUAAUCCGUUGAUGCUUUACCUUCAUCGAUACAUUCGAAUUACAGCUCCACUAGCUACAUUGAUCCUGUUCGUUGUGUCCUUCGCUAUUUACAUGGGUGAAGGAGUUUACUGGAAAGCCCAGAUGAAUUCUUUGAAACAACCUUGUUUGACCAGUUGGUGGGCUGCACUGUUACACAUUCAGAACUACGUAGAUCCCGCAAACAUGUGCCUCACAUGGACGUGGUACCUCUCCGUGGACAUGCAGCUUUACAUCAUAGCACCGGCCUUGAUCUACCCGUUGUGGAGGUACGGUAAGCGAGUCCUCAUAGUAAUAGCCAGCAUUGCCAUUCUUUCGAUGGCGUGUGUCUUAACCACUUUUCUGGUCAACGAGAUUCGGUUAACGGUUGCUGACACCGUACGAUACAAGCUCACGUAUUACGCUACGCACGCACGUAUGGCCGUUUGGUUAUGGGGACUGGCUUUUGGCUAUCUUCUGCAUAAGACCAAGGACACUAGAGUAAAGCUUGCGAACCUCUACUGGACCCUUGGAUGGAUGCUCUGUUUUACACUGCUCGGAUUGAUCUUCUUUGCGAACUAUCAAAUCUACACGACCAACGCAGCGGAAUUCUCAUUCGUGGCGGAUGCAUUUUUUGAGCCCUUGUCACGGUCGCUAUUCGCAUUCUGCGUGAUGUGGAUCAUUCUGGCAUGCGUGAAUAGGAAAGGUGGCCUGCUGGAUGAGUUCCUGGGAGCUGCGAUUUGGCAACCGCUUUCACGACUCUCCUACACCAUGUAUCUGUUGCAUACAGUGAUGCUGGGGAUGGGUUCACUUGCACCGAUCAACACCAGCACACAUUUCAGUGUGAUCGAUCUGUUCUAUCGUAUAUGGGGUGCAAUUGGGCUAGCGUUUCGCUGCUAUGGAGCGCCAUAUUCGAGAUUCCAUUUGGAACGCUGGAUAGGUUACUUCUGAGAAAAUGAUAAUAAUUUGCAUUUCGGAAAUAGACGCUAAUUAGUGAAAAA